UCCGUCGUCGGAGAUGGCUCCUCUCAUCUUCAUCUCUCUUUCUUUUCCAUCUCCACACUAAACCCUCUAAUUUCGCUUAGUUGAUUCGUACUCUCCCCCUUGCAUAAGCUAUGCACGAAGAUCAACUACUUCUUGCUGUUUUUCUUCUACUUCUACCUCAGUCUUUUAGUAUUGCCGUAGAAGAUAAUCAGUGUGCCACCUCUUGUGGGGAGGUCGCGAAUAUAAGGCACCCAUUCUGACUGAAAGGCGACCCAAAGAUCUGUGGCGAUCCUCGCUUUGAGCUAGCAUGCAUAAAUAACCUUACCAUUCUCGAUUGGUACUCAGGCAAGUACUAUGUACGGUACAUCGACCAUACCAACUUUACAAUUAGGAUUGCCGAUUCUGGGUUGCAAAUUGGAAAUUGCUCAUCUCCUCACCGCUCUUUGUCGUGCACGUCCAACUACGAAUGGGAGCCGUAUACAUGCUGGAUAAGCACGUACAGGGAUUUCAAGCUUCCUAAAACAGUGGCAAUCGUGGACUGCAUGAAGGCCAUCGAUUCUCAGCUUUACAUCGACGCUUCGCCAUGCUUUGAUGGGGACAAAUUUUCGAAUUUCUCUGGUACAAGAAGGCAAGUAUAUGCCAUGCUCAAUGCGAAUAUCUCGUCUGUAGAAACUGCAUGCACUAUAAAGCUUAUGGCAAUGAUACCAUGGUGGGUUAAUCUCAAUGAUCUUCGUUCCUAUGCACAAAUUCAUGAACAAAUGUCUUAUGGAUUUGAGCUUUCAUGGCUUCAAGAAGCCUGUAAGAUGCAAUUCAAAGGUUGUGGUUUUUGCGGCAUCAACGCAAAAAACCAAAUUUAUUGCAGUGAAGGAAAUUAUUUCCUCCUCUUUAUUGGCGCGCUUACCGAAGUGCUCAUGCUCUAUGGCAUCGUGCCAUUCAUAGUUAUGAAGUUAAUCUUGGGAGCCCCAUGCGUGGUGAUUUUGCUAUUAUGCAAAUGGAGGAGAAGACACUUAGCAAUGGAUCAAAACGUUGAAGAAUUUUUGCAAUCUAACAACAAUUUCUUGCCAAUAAGGUACUCUUAUUCGGAUAUCAAGAAAAUCACUGGUGGCCUUAAGGACAAAUUAGGUGAGGGAGGGUAUGGUUCAGUGUUCAAAGGAAGACUUAAAAGUGGUCGUGAUGUUGCAGUGAAGAUCCUAAAGAAGGGGAAAGCGAACGGGCAAGACUUCAUCAAUGAAGUGGCUACGAUCGGCAUAAUUCAUCAUGUUAAUGUGGUUGGACUCAUUGGUUUUUGCUUCAAAGGCUCCAAACAAGCUCUUGUCUAUGAUUUCAUGCACAAUGGGUCUUUAGAUCAACACAUUUUUUCACAAGGAGAGGGCACUUCUCUUGAUUGCAAGGAAAUGUACAAGAUUGCUCUCGGAGUGGCUAGAGGGAUCGAGUAUCUUCACCGAGGAUGCGACAUGCAAAUUCUGCACUUCGAUAUUAAGCCUCACAACAUUCUUCUUGAGGAUUUGACUCCAAAAGUUUCCGACUUUGGACUAGCAAGAUUGUAUUCCUCGAACCACAACACCGUGUCUUUAACUGCCGCAAGAGGAACCUUGGGAUACAUGGCUCCAGAGCUAGUCUACAAGAACCUUGGGGGCAUCUCUCACAAAGCCGAUGUCUAUAGUUUCGGCAAAUUGUUGAUGGAAAUGGCCAGUAGGAGGAAAAAUGUGGACGUAACUGUAGAGUAUUCCAGUCAAAUGUACUUUCCUUUAUGGGUUCAUGACCAAUUUAGUGACGGAUCGAAUGUUCCAAUAGAAGAAGUUGGCAAGGAGGAUAAGACAAUAGUGAAGAAGAUAAUAAUAGUUGCUCUUUGGUGCAUACAAUUGAAUCCUAGUGGUCGCCCUUCAAUGCAUAAAGUCUUGGAAAUGCUUGAAGGAGAAGUAGAUGAUCUACAAAUACCUCCAAAGCCGCUCUUUUAUCCAACAGAAAUGUCUACGAGGGAUGAUGAAACUUGGACUGACGAAGGCAAUGAUACUAUAUCCACUUCAGCAACUAAUGCAACAACUUAUGAACCUUCUCAUAUUGAGCAUACUAUUACUAAUAUUAGACAAGCAUAGACAAAUAUCAAUAGCACUUAAUCCAGUCACACAUGUGGCAAAUAGAAACGGAUUGUAUCGAUGAUGUAGGUCUCCUUUCAUGGCCAUCAGUAGGUUGUAUAUGUUUAUAACUAUGUUUGUGAAUCUUAA